UUACAACAUUAAAUAAAAUUUAUUGAAUAAUUAGGAAUAUUAGCAUGAGCGAAAUUGAAGUAAUCAUAUUUGAAAUAGAAUGAGUCAUUUGUAAUCGGGAUUUACAUUGAAGCUUCCAAUAAAAUACGCUCAAAACUCAGUCCCAGACUCUUUAUGCCGAGAGCCCCCAUCUACCGUUAUACAAACAAAACUCAACAUUGUACCAAAGAAUUAAAAUCAAAAUUUUUCAAAAGUCAAAAUUUUAAAACUAUUAAUACAAAUACAGACUUUGCCAAAGAUUCCACAACGCAGAAAAGGUGCCAACGUAUACAAAACUCCGAAAAUUUUGUAAAAAGAUCCAGAGGAAAACAUAGGAAAAGAUCUUAUAGGGACCAAAAUUAUAAGGCAAUGGACAAUAUAACAGAUCAUAGUUUUAAAAAGCCCAAACAGGCGGAUCUAAAAAGAAGUAAGGAGAGUAAAACCGAUAAGAAUGCUGCUAAACGUUUAAGGAAACAACAGGGUCUAACAAAAUCUAACUGCAAUGCAGUGAAAGCUCAAAAAUCCAUAACAAAUUCUAAAGCUUUUAACAAGAAAUCGAAAGAGGACGUUAAGGGAAAAUGGGACAACUUAAAGGUUAUAGGCAAUGCUAAUUCCACCGAUAAUACUAGAUAUAUGACAGAUGGAGAAAUUGUUUUUAUAAGAGAUAAAGAUCAGGGAAAUAUGGAACACUAUAGCAGAGUUGAGAACAAGAAAACGGUAAAAACUUCGGGCACUUAUAAUUUUGGAUCCAGUAAUCAAGUACAAAGUAAAUAUUAUGAUCUUAACUGUCAGAGAACCGCAGAUGAAAACCAAACCAAAGACUGCAGACAUUGUAAGAGUCUCUACGAUAAAAACUCGAUACAAACCACUAGCAUUAAUAACCCAGAUUUCAGUAACAAUAACAGUGAAAAUUCCCUCAAGAGUUCAGUACCAAGAUCGGAAUAUAACUGCCAAAAGAGCAACAUUUCAAGGGAACAAACCCCUAAAGAAUCGAUCACAACGAUAACAGAUUUACACAAGGAAAUAGUAAGGAAUCAACCAGUGAAAUGAUUCCGAA